CCAUACCUUCACGACGGCAUCAUCAUGGCUGCCCCACCCAAGCCUCUGAGCGUGGAUAUCCAUACGUCGGUGAAAGAGGGAGACAUGGCGAAAGUCCUCGAGUUUUUGGAGGAAGGGGGCGAUGUCAACGUUCGUUGCAGGUAUCGGACCAUCCCUCUGCACCGGGCUGCGGCGUACAACCACCAAGACAUUGCCAGUCUGCUGCUAGAAAAGGGGGCUGAUAUUGAGGCACGAGACGGGACUGGGCAAACGCCCUUGUUUUGGGCGUGCAAAGGGGGACACGGGGAGAUGAUCACCCUCCUGCUUUCCAAGGGGGCGCACAUCAAUGCGCAAGACACGAAAGAGCGUACGCCACUGCACGAAGCGGCGCGACAUGGGCAGAAAGAAACUUGCGCGUUAUUGCUCAAGCGAGGCGCAAAACGAGAUACCAUGGACGUGGACGCGAACGAACCGGGGGAAGACUCGGAGCCAAGCGUCCCAGAGAAUGUUCGUAGUCAAAUAAGGAGUAUGAUCGAAAACUCAUGAUUUUGAUGGUUGGUUUGCAUGUCAUGGUAUAGACCAGUCGGGGGAAGGAAUUGUUUGAGCGCGUUCGAUAGAGUGCUAUUCACGAACCACUCACCGCGAUGCCAAGCACGCAACGAGGUACUGAUAAGUUUUUACUGCUAGAGAAGACUCGGAGUCGAGGCUACCCGGCAGCAACUACACGUGCCAUGUUAAAUUCGAGUCAUGUGCUGCGCUCACCGCAGCGGAGGUACAGGGUUUGGCUUGGAGGACAGGGUGACGAGGGGGGUCACUCCAACCGGCGGCGACGACAAUGCGGGUUUGAAGGCCGCGCGGCCAGCCCAAAGCCUGUCUCGGUUGCCGGUAGCGGUUGUCAAGUCCAUGCUGCAGAAGAACAUCAGGCGUGGGAGAGCGGAGGCGGCUGUACGAUGUGCGUUGGAGCUGGCGCUCAAGAGCUGGAGUGACGCCAUUCGCCGCGUGCUGGUGAUUAUCGUGGAGGACUCUCUGCUGCACCCCGCCGCGCCGCUCCUCACCUGGCUCAUGGUCGCCACAUCCAAAGGCUACCGCCCACCGCUUCGACUGCUGGAGGCAUUUCUCUGCGUGGUACACGAGACGGCGGCCUGCCCCGUUACCGGCGGCAGCAACUCCUCUUUCCUCGAGGGCGAGAAAGCCUCUACUUCAGGGGAAGGUACGGUAUUGGCAAAAGGAAGCGGUUCCACAGACAAAACACCCGUCACAUCGCAGCGUCAACCACCCAGCCCGCCACGCUUCGACCACAAGACGUUUCCAUUGGCCAGACCCCGUGACCAAGAUGCUGGCUAUGCCAACCGUGAGGACCUUGUUGACAUCCUCCAACCGUUCGGAUACGCCCAUGAGAGCGUGCUUUCGGCCUUGGAGGGUAACGGAUGGACGGCUUUUCUUGUGGCAGCACAUGCCGGAACCGGGAUGCCGCCGGCCUUACGCACGCAUGUCUUGGCGCAUGUUGUUGGUGUGGGGUCUGGAAGAGCGGGAGAGCGGGCGGGAGACAUGAAGCAGAAGUCGUCAAGCGGAGCAGGAGGAGGAGCAGGAGGAGGAGGGGGAGGAGGAGAAAAAAUGUCGACAGCUGCAAGUACGGCGACGCCGCCCAACCGUCUCGGUCCCAUCAUCCGAGAGGCCGAUGCCAUUCUGAGCGGCGUGGAUUUCCACUGCAGCGGCGUUCUCGACGAGCUCUUGCGGUCGACGGCGGUGGCCGCGAGGGUAGGGAAAGCGAUCAGCGAGUCUCGUGGACCGAGGAGCAACGAUGUUGGAGACUCUGCAAGUUCCGAGCUCGAGCUUGUCGGCGUUAGGCAGGCCGCGAAGCAGGCCAUGUGGGCUUGCUCCAGCGGAAUAAACACCCGGAGACUUCGGGUGGCGUUUUUAAGGGAGGCAGGAGAGGAGAGCGAGGAAACGGAGGUCGCAGAGGGUAACGGCGGGUGUUGCUUGUCAAGCCCAGGAUAUUUAGAGGAAACGGAGAGAGUUGUUGGGGUAGGUGAGGAUGGUGUUUCUUUGCCGGUGGGGAAUGGGGGUGGAUCGUCUAGCGGCAUUGACGCCAGGGUGUGGGCCGCAAUGUCGUCGGAUGUGUCGGGGUGGACUACUAAGUUCGUGCGGGGAAGACUGAGCAGGGGUUGA